CUUCAACCCAAUCCCCACUGUGGUUUUCUUUCUACAAUUGUCGGUACGGCCACGCGCCUUCUAUCUAAUUUCCACCGGAGAAGACAAUCCCAUUCAUUUCCUCGUUCGUUGUCCAGCAAUAAUGAUAAUUCUCAACAAUUCAGCCGCAAAUUCAGAAAUUUCUCCGCCGGAUUCGUACGGAGCUGUUGUUCUCGGAGGCACCUUUGAUCGGUUGCACGACGGUCACCGCCGUUUCCUCAAGGCAGCGGCGGAGCUUGCGAGGGAUCGAAUAGUUGUUGGAGUUUGCGAUGGCCCCAUGUUGACUAAGAAACAGUUUGCAGAUCUAAUAGAGCCCAUUGGGAAAAGAAUGCAAAAUGUUCAUGAGUACAUUAAGUCCAUUAAACCUGAGCUGCUGGUUCAUGUUGAACCGAUAAUAGAUCCCUAUGGUCCUUCCAUCAUUGAUGAGAAUUUGGAAGCUAUUGUUGUUAGCAAGGAAACUUUAGCUGGUGGACUGUCUGUCAAUAAGAAGAGAGCUGAGAGGGGCCUCUCACAACUACAGGUUGAAGUUGUAGAUCUAGUACCUGAAGAAUCUUCUGGCGAUAAGCUAAGUUCCACGACAUUACGGAGGCUUGAGGCUGAAAGGAUAAAGAAACUUCAUUUAGAAUAGCAGGUAUACCUGUUUCGAGUCGACACCAGAUUGUUGUACAAUAGUUCAUUGUUGUUUCUACAAGUUUGACGACGUAGUCAACUGCUGACGUGGACAAGAAUUUAGCACUUCUCCAUUAUUUAUGGCUCUUCAAUAAGAUUUUGUCUGGAAAAUGUGAAAUCUCUCUCUCUCUGCGCUUAUAUGUGCACAACACGCCCGCGUGUGAAGAGCAUAGAGUGAACAAGCUGAUUGGUGCUUCAUUGGAUAAACAUGGAGAGUUCCAAGAAGGACCCGUGCUUGUGUUGGACAGUCACAGCACCUCUUGUUGGACAUUCAGGGCCACAUGGUUGAUGUCUAUUGAAUAAUUUGUGCAUGAAAUUCCAUAUCCUUGGAAAUCUGAUCGACAAAACUUGGGCAUUUGGUUACGACCCUCUUUUAGCAUGAAAAGAGAAAGUAUAUGUAUG